CCACCUAUCGGCGUCCACCUUUCAGCCGGCGGCGAGGCGAAGGGGGCUGCGUGUUUCCGGAAGACGUGGCCGUUCUCGCCCCGCUGCCGCUGCUCGGCUCUUUCUCCUUCCCCGCACUCGCCCCAUCGCCACCAUGAUCUCCCUCUCGGACACGCAGAAGAUUGGAAUGGGUUUAACAGGCUUUGGAGUGUUUUUCCUUUUCUUUGGAAUGAUACUCUUCUUUGACAAAGCUCUUCUUGCUAUUGGAAAUGUUUUAUUUGUGGCUGGCUUGGCUUUUGUUAUUGGUUUAGAAAGAACGUUUAGAUUCUUCUUCCAAAAACACAAAAUGAAAGCAACGGGCUUUUUCCUGGGUGGUGUGCUAAUAGUUCUGAUUGGUUGGCCUUUAAUAGGAAUGAUUCUUGAAAUUUAUGGGUUCUUCCUAUUAUUCAGGGGGUUCUUUCCUGUGGUGAUUGGCUUUAUUAGAAGAGUUCCAGUCCUUGGUUCUCUCUUGAAUUUACCUGGUAUAAGCUCGCUUGUAGAUAAAGUUGGAGAAAGCAACAACAUGGUAUAAUGACAAGAGGGCGGAAGACUGAUUCUGAACUUAUUGUAUUAUUUAUAAAAUCCUUUUGAAGAAUACUCAGCACAAAGAUUAAGUUGUGUACAAAGGAAAAGCUCGUAACAUUCUUUACAUAAGUUUAAAUUAAAAUGUAUAGUCGACAAUAUACAUUAGAAGCUCAGCAAGUAUGCUUCUAGGAAAAGUAACUCCAGAGUUCAGGAAGUAAACUGAAGAGGUGAAAGUCAUGGAAUAAUUCACAUUACAACUGUUCAAGACUGUAUUUGUUGGUUUUGGAAAAGGCAAUGAACCCUUCCGGAUUUAAAGGUGCCUGUACUUUACCUCCUUAUUGUGAAGGUGCAGUAGAGCAAACAGGCCUCCAUUUUUAAGGUCACUCCAACUUAUCCAACCUUCUUCUUGUUGCCCUCAGAGUGCAAAACAAACCAAAAAAAAAAAAAAAAACAACCAAACAAAAUAGAGAAAACUUCUUGUGUAACAAGAGAUGCGCCUUUGCAUGAAAGUUGAGAUGACUAUUCAUCUUUAAGUAUAUUAUGACUAAAAAGGAAACCCUACACUCUUCUGUUGUAUACGUUUUUGUAAAUAUGUGGUUGAAAUAAAACAUUAAGAUAAUGUUUCAAAGCCAAAUGUAAGUUGAUUGUGUUUGCCUUCCAUUUUGGAAUAUGCAUAAGGUCAAUCUUCAAUAACUUCAGUCUCAAAUGUUGGUUCCAAACAUGUAGAGUUCAACAGGAAACUCUAGAAACUGACUUACACUCCUUCCAGUUUGUUCUUGAGUCAUGUCAUGUCUGCAUCCAGGUGAGAAUGUAGCCCCUUCUCACUAACAUGAAAGUUUUGAAAAAUGUUUGGUUCAAAAAAAUGCACUUGGUUAUGGUGCUGACAUGAAUCUUGUGAAAUGUAUCUUAUCAAAAUAUGAACCUUUUGUUUUUAAAUGGUUUGAAGCUAAGGUUUCUUUGUCUGUUCUGGAACUACAAGUUGACGUUUAGUUUUUACAGUAAUAAAAUGAAAACUUAAAA